AUGGGGGGUUACUUCACGAGCGACCGCGCGGCGAAGUACGGCUGGGGCGUCCCGAGGCUCGCGCUCGUCACCCUCUUUGCGUUCGAGAUCGUGCCUCGGGCUUUCCUGGCGGGGUCGCGCGCGCCCGUCGACGCCCUCGUCUCCACGCCCUUGCCGUUCACCGCCCGAGCCGCCGCCGCGCCCUUCGCGCCCCUCACCCUCGUUCCGUACCUCCAUUCGCUGCGAUGGAUCGCGCACGCGUACACGGGCUCGAUCGGCGCCGGCGUCAACGUCCAGGUCCUCGGCCUGCUCGGUAACCUGGCCAUCAUGGCGGUCGCGGGCGGGCUCUGCCUCUGGGACCUGACGAAGGACAUCUCGCUCGUCGUCUACUUCCUCAAGACGUUCUGCGGCGACCAGCUCGCCGGAAAGCUGGACACCGCGGAGUGGAAGCUGGUGCUGGCGUUCACGUUUGCCCUACCGCUUGCGAUGUGGGGCGCCGCGGGCGCGAACGGCGCGGCGUUCGCCAUGUUCCUACCCUACGCCAGGAUUGCACCAAUUCUCUUUGCCAUUCAAGCCGUAUGCGAGUUCGGCGACGCGCACCUCGAGUACCACCCCGUCAUCGGCAAGUUCUUCCGCCACAGGUACGGCUUCGAGGCGUUCACCCUCUGCGCGCUGACGAUGAUGCCCGGCGGGAUCACCGCCCCGGAGCUCAGGGUGGUUCAGUUCGAUCUCGUGAUAUGCCUCUUUUACCGCGUCGCCAACCUCGGAAUCAUCCUGCACAAGCAGGGCUUCGCCGUCGCCGCCGCCGCAAGCCUCGCGGUGACUAUUCGCAAGGGCUGCUUCCGCGUGUUCGGCGCGCUCUCGGGGCAGAGGAUCGUGAACGUGACGGACGCCGAGGUGGCCACCGCGGUGAUGCGCGCGAGCGACGUCAAAGGGGACGCGCUCGAGCGACACGUCGCCACCCCGGCGUGGCGACCCCUCCUCUCGUUGGAGAGCGUAGACCACGAACUUUACAGGAACAUGCUCAGGGACUUUCACGCGGUCGUCAAGGCGUGCCCGCCGCCGCAGAGGGUCGGGGAGAUCGCCAGGGCAAAAGUAGACGAGCUCAUGUACAGGACGUACUCGGAGGAGGCGGAGGAGGCGAGCCCGGUGCGGGGAGGCGCCGAGCCGUCGCCGCCGCCGUCGCCGGAGAGGCCAGUCGUCGACGUCACGCUCGCCGAUUCCCCCGUCGACUCCCCCCACCCGCACGGUGGCAAGGGCGGGGACGUCGGCAAGUGCCCAUUCGUGCAGAUGCAACGUACGAUGAGGGGAGGAGCGUCGGGGCAGUCGAACGCCGCCGGUCGGUCGACGCCCGCGAGGUCGGACGCGGCUCCGGUGAUUGACGCCGACGACGUCGCGAGGCUGUCGCUGAGCGUCUUCAUCGAGUACCUCUUCGGCCGCGAGUGGGAGCCGAAGUUUGAGACGCUGCUCGCGGCGUCCUGGGAGUGGCGCAAGGAGAUCGCGGUGCGGGGCAGGGCGGAUCCGGGCGUGAAGAAGGCGGCGGUGGAGCUCGUGGUCGACGACCUCAUCAAGAACUCGCACCUCUGGGAUUUAUUCGGCGAGAAGUGGAGGGAGCCCCGAUACUACUCGCUCAUCAUGCAGCCGUUUCUGGUGUCCCCGGCUAUCAACGUCGGCGACAUCGCGGUAGCCAUGAAGGCGCACCCGGACCUGGCGCUCGAGCCAGCCAUGCGCAGGAUGCACCCGUUUCCCAUCUUCGAGCGCUGGGUGGACAAGGACGUGGUGGUCGACGGUCGGAUCGCGGUGAGGGCCGACACCCAGGUGAUCAUGUUCACGAGUGAUUUCGCAAACUCGAAGCACCUGUGGCCGGCGUUCGGCACGGGGCCGCGAGCUUGCGCGGGAACGUCCAUGGCGCUCGGCGUGCUCAACGCGAUCCACCAGAAGAUGCUCGGCCGACCCGGGUUCGAGCCCGAGCGCGGGCACAAAUUCUCCGGCCGAAACAACGACGGCGUCACGUCGCUCUCCGAGGUUUGGUACUUUGCCAAGACGGUGCUGCCGGUGGUUUUCGGGUUUGGGGGCGAGAAGACGACGGAGGCGGCGGCGUUGGAGCGCGCGGCGGCUGCGGCGCUCGAGUAG